AUGGAUUCGGUUACCAAUUUCUUCUGGAAUGAUACUUAUGGGAGAGGAAGUGCUAGUACAAUUGAUACGGUUGGAAGUGACUCAAAUGAUAAAGAUAAAAACACAAAUGGGACACCCACCACUAAUAGGCACAAUAGAAGGUUUAGCAAUAGCCUUGAGAAGAUGAACUCAAGGGAUUCGGGCUCUAAUGUACAGGGUAGUUUUGCCAACACUGCAUUUUCCACAAGCGGAGGUCUACAGAAAGCUAUGACAGAUACCCUUGUUGAGAAAAUCAUCAAGAUGGCAAUACCGGCUUCAUCAGAAUUAGCUGCAAAUACAAUUAAGAACAGAAUGGCAGCUGGUAAGGAAAGACCAAGUUUAUCUGUACCUAUAACCAGCAGAAACUUCAUAUUAAUGAACUCAAGGUUAAGUGUACCUUUUCUGGUAAUUGAUGAGAUCAUAAAGAUUCUAAAUUGGGUCGACCCGGCAUACACACUUUCAAUGGCCUUAAUCUACACCCUUAUAGUACUGAGACCGCUUCAAGUUUUGAGCUCACUACCAAUACUUUACCUACUAUUUGGUAUUAUGGUACCAGAAUAUUUACACAUCCAUGAACCUAGCGAAAACGUUUACUUGGAUACAAACCGAGUCCCAGCUCAAGGUCCACCAUUGAGGAAAGCUGAGGUUCCCAAGCCGGUCCCUGAAUUUAGCCAGGAGUUUGUUUUAAACUUGACUGAUUUACAAAAUCAUAUGCUUCUUUAUGUUCAACUCUAUGAUUCAAUAAUAUAUGUUUUGCAGAAAUUUGCAUUUUUUGUCAACGAACAAAUUUCAGCUGUUGCAUUUGUUCUAUUAAUGAUAUUAGCUGUUACUAACAUUAUAUUUAUUGACGUGUUGGUACGAAUAAUACCUAUAAAAUUGAUACUAGUAGCAACUGGGUGGGCAUUCAUCAUAAUAUGCCAUCCAAAGUACAGGGAUAAUUUCUUUAACAAAGUUAACUCCGAGGAAACUAGAUUAAGAUUACUAAAACUCACAUCAAGCUAUGAUGAUUGGGUUAACGAUAACUUGGGAUACGUUGAGGCUAGGGAAACAAAGGUCGUGAUUAUAUAUGAAAUGCAAAAAUACAAAGACAAACAUAAAGAAUGGCACCCAGUCGGCUAUGCAAAUGAUGAUUUCACAUUAUUUUCGCAGUUUAGAAUCAACGAGAAUGCCAUAGAAUCCGUUGCUGUCCCAUCAUUAGAUAGCAUCAGUCCACCAACAGGAUGGGAAUGGGCGGAAAAUUCUAGCUGGGUACUAGAUUUGGACCCAACAGGAUGGGUAGAAGAAGGGUUCAUACAAUUUGUACAGAUAGAUCCGGAGACAAAAUGGGUGUACGACAUAAACCUAGAUGGAAAACGGGGAAAAUAUAGGAGAAGGCUAUGGACCAACACCUGUGUCAGACAAAUUCACGCUGGUGUUGAUGAAAGGAAUGCUUCCGACAAAUUGCGAGAAGUAUCGAACCCUUUACGCUCCGAUGAGACACAUUCAAGGUCAAUACACGGUGUAUCUAAAGGUUCCAUGUCUGGCAAUGUUAAAACUGAAGCAGAUAUAGAAGAAAAUGCGUUUACCGAUGAGGACGAUUCGCAUAUAACUGACGAUAGUAUAGCCAGCAACAUCUUGAAUACUACCAUAUAA